CUUGUAUAUGCACUUCAUCAAUAUAUAUUUGGACAGUGAGUUUCGAUUUUCAUUCAUGGAAUUUUUAUUUUACAGAAAACAACUGCACGUACUCGUAACAAUUUUUGAAAGGGUGACAAAGAAAGAUGUCUCUUACAAUUUUUGUUAAAAUGUCAACAAGAAACAAAAGUGAAACAAUUACCGUCCAGAAGUCAGAUGAAUUUUUGAAGAUAUUUGAAACCCUGGCUGGAAGAGUAGGAAUUGAGCUUCAACACAUUCGACUGACAUUUAGUGGCAAGGAAUACAGACAUGAUCAACCGGAAGCUCGGAAAAGAAUAGAGGACAUUGGGAUUAAAGACCGCUCUACAUUGUUUAUGGUCUCAAGAUUACCGGGAGGAUUUUUAUGAUAGGCUUAUACAUGUUAUAAACGAGCUUUGUCAUUACAAGACAUUUAGACGUAACCCACGCCACUUAUCGAAAAGUGAUAUAUUUCUUUGUGUGUGAAUGGAUAUGUUGCAUUCAGCCUCAUUUUUUCAAUACAUAAUGUGACUUUCCGCAAAUGUUUUAAUGUUUUUGUUGAGCAUUUUUUUUAAAUAAAUAAAUUGUUUUAAAAAUUUAUUGGUUUUAUUACAUGUUUUUUUCCAAUAUUCCUUUGGAUUGCGAUUUCAGACUGAUUUCAGUCAAUUUCAUAUACUUAGAGUUAACAUUUCCACUUACCCUUUUUACUUAUCAAUUGGUGAUUGCCUAUAUUAUUGACAAGCGUUGAUUCUAUACAACACCUCCGGAAAAAGUCAGACCCAUGAGAAUGAUUAUAUAGAUAUUUAUAACAAUUAAGGUGAUUAUUAUCUUCCGUUAGAUAUAUACAUUGUAUGUUGCAAAAAUCAUUGGUGUGUAUGGGUAUGGUUAUUACUUUCACUUGGCCUGCAAGUAUUAUUUUGAUUGCGCAAGAAUAAUUUGAUAGUUGUGUAUUUUUUUAAAUUUUAUCCUACUGGUUCAAUUGUUAAUUUAAAAAAAAGGAUAGGUAUUCUUUAAUAGUUUUAUCCAAUGGAACAUAUAAUAAAAGUGUUCAUAAGCAGAGUGCAGGAGUUUAGGAAUUUUGGUAUUUGCGCCCCUAACUACUGAUAUAACGGGUGCAUGCAAACUGAGUUUGACUAGCGAUGCAUAGUCAUCAUUAAAAUACAGAAAAGUUUGAAUAUGUGUAUAUGGGGGAAAAUCUCUCAGAGAUAUAAGCGAAAUUGUUUUAUGUAUUUUAUGCAUACAUAUACAGCGAUCAGAGUACUUUAAAAUUUCCUUUCAUCGUUUGAAAGUGGCAUAAAGAUUUUCUAAUGCUAUAUGUAGUGUAUUAGUAAUUAAGGAACACAAAAAUAGCCCUGUUUUAGUGUUCUAAAAAGUUUUUUAAACCAUUCCAAUUUCAAUAUUUACAAAUCAAUACUUCUACGAUUGAUACGUACACUAUAUAUAUUUUUAGGAAGUCCGUUUCUAGUUCCACUUUCGUUUUCACAAUUACAUGGAAAACAGUAUCAUAGAUACGAGUGUUAUCAAAAACAUAAAUCUCGUUGCCAUUCUAUCAAUCUUUGUAUGAAGUGCUGCGAAAAAGAAACAAUGCCAGAGGACAGAAAUCCUCGAAAUAUUCGAGGACGACAGAUUCGUCAAAGAUUAGCAAAAAUAGCUGAACAGAAUGUACAACAUUCAAAGCAAGUGCAGGGGCAUUACAAUUCGACAAAACCUGGUGUACACAUGGCCAGAAAAAGCUCUGCUCCAUGCUUGCAUCAAAGUGCCAUAGAAAGAAAACCUGAAUUGUAUACCAUAAGGGACCUGAAUAAAAGUGGAAAUCUUAGACCAAGAAAGCAAAAUCAAGGUCAUACAUCACGAUUUCCAAAUAUAAAUGAGAAAGAUGAUACAAAGCCAGUGUACACUAGAUCAAUGCUGCCUAGAUUUGACAAAGAUUUUAGUGACAAAACUGGCGAUCAGUACCCUAAAAUCAGUGAUGCAAGAGAUUCAAUGAGGCCAGCUUCUACAGAACGUAAUAGACACAUUAAGGAUAAUAAACAAAACCAAAGUACAGAAAUUAAAGGAAAGAAUACUCAUUAUCAUGUAGUUUCCAGACACACGGAGAAGCGACAGGUUCAUUCGUUUGGGACAUCCGCAGUGUUGAACAAAGAAAGAGUACCAGAGUACAGUUAUAAUUUAAAACAAGAUGAGAAUUUACACCAUGGAGAGGUGUCUAAAGGAGAAAGUAUCCAGAAAACUGAUCAACCUACCCAUUCCACUAACGAAUCUACAGUGCAGGGGAGGGAACCACCAAAGGGGCUUCCUAACAUAGGGAAUACUUGCUACGCCAACUCUUUACUUCAGGUAUUAGGGCAAACACCAUUUCUGUAUGAAAGAUUGUUUUCCUGCAAGGAACGUGUUUCCACUGGUUUUAACCAACAAAUGAAAACAACAGUCACAAGUGCCUUUCGCAACCUACUACAGUCAAUGAAGUCAGAGACCUUUGAACUAAAAUCAGGCCCAAUAGCAAUGUUAAUGAACGCUGUUUCGAGCAGGGAACGUGAAUUUCGAAUAGGGCUCCAAAAUGAUUGUCACUCCUUUUUGCUAACACUGUUGAGUGAGUUAUAUGAUGAAAACCAGGCAAAAGACACAACAAUUGUAUUCGAAAUAGAUAUGGUUGACGAAUUUUCUUUUGAUUCCUGUGAUCAUAAAGAAGUCACUGAUACUCAGAUUAUGAGAAGCCUAACCAUUCCUUCAGAAUCAUAUAAUGUUGAUGAAGGUUUAAAAACACUUCUUUAUGAGGAGGAAUUUGAUGAGGCAGAUGUCCCUUGUAGAGAAUGUAAAUCAGAUGGAUUUUUGUCACGAACAGGGAAAACAAGAAAAGCAAUGAGAUUUCGUACCUUGCCAAAAGUACUCGUACUUCAGCUCGGGUGUUUUCAGGAGAUGAGCUAUGGUGGUCACCUUCAUAUUGCAAAGUCUUUCAAAAGAAUCGCCUUUCCUGAAAAAUUGAGAGUACCACAAUCGAAUGGAGGCACUGUGACUUAUCAUUUAUAUGGAGUUGUGAACCAUCAUGGCUCAGUAUAUGGUGGUCACUACACAUCAUUUGUAAAACACCAUAGCGAUACAGGGCAUUGGUACUAUUGCAAUGACAGCCAUGUAAGACAUUCGACACUGUUGGAGGCUUUAAAAUCUCAUGAUGCAUAUCUGCUUUUUUAUACCAUAUGAUAUUAUUAAAGUAUUCAUUUA